AUGCCUAGGAAAGCUUUGGAUAGUCGUAUUCCGACGUUGAUCAAGAAUGGUGUUCAGACCAAGCAACGUUCGUUCUUCGUGUUGGUGGGUGAUAAGGGCCGGGAUCAAAUCGUCAACCUCCACUGGCUCCUCUCACAAUCCCAAGUCGCCGCUCGUCCCAACGUCCUAUGGUGUUACAAAAAGGAACUCUUAGGAUUCACCUCCCACCGCAAAAAACGCGAACAAAAAAUCAAAAAGGAGAUCAAGCGUGGUAUCCGUGACGCAAACACCGAGGAUCCAUUCGAGUUGUUCGUCAGCGUUACGGAUAUCAGGUAUACCUACUACAAAGAAACCGAGAAGAUCUUGGGUCAGACGUUUGGUAUGUGUGUAUUACAGGAUUUCGAGGCGCUCACGCCGAAUUUGUUGGCGAGGACGGUCGAGACUGUGGAGGGUGGGGGUAUUGUGGUCAUCAUGCUCAAGACAAUGAAGAGUUUGAAGCAGUUGUAUACGAUGUCGAUGGAUAUCCACUCCAGGUACAGAACGGAGUCGAGACAUGACGUUACUGCGCGGUUUAACGAACGCUUUUUGUUGUCGCUUGGGAGUUGUGAGAAUUGUUUGGUUGUGGAUGAUGAGCUUAACGUGUUGCCGAUUUCGGGUGGGAAGACGGUGAAGCCGUUGCCGCCUGUGAGUCCGGAGGACGUGGAGGGUUCGGGGGUGAAGAAGGAGUUGAAGGAGUUGAAGGAGAGUUUGCAGGAUACCCAGCCUGUUGGCGCCUUGGUUACCCAGGCACGGACUGUGGAUCAGGCGAGGGCUGUGCUUACCUUUGUCGAGGCGAUCGCGGAGAAGACGCUGAGGAGUACCGUCACUUUGACGGCUGGUCGUGGUCGGGGUAAGUCUGCGGCACUCGGUCUUGCCGUCGCUGCGGCUGUUGCGCAUGGGUACUCCAAUAUCUUUAUUACCUCGCCUUCACCAGAAAACUUGAAGACGCUCUUUGAGUUCAUUUUCAAGGGUUUCGAUGGGUUGAAGUAUGACGAGCAUCUUGAUUACGACAUCAUUCAGUCUACCAACCCUGCUUUCAACAAGGCUAUUGUUCGUGUUAACAUCUUCCGCAACCACCGUCAGACGAUUCAGUACAUUGACCCCAAGGACGCUCACGUGCUCGGACAGGCUGAGUUGGUCGUUAUUGAUGAGGCUGCUGCUAUCCCAUUGCCUGUGGUUAGGAAGUUGGUUGGUCCAUACUUGGUCUUCAUGGCUUCCACGAUCAACGGUUACGAGGGUACCGGUCGUUCCCUGUCCUUGAAGUUGAUCCAGCAGUUGCGUGAGCAGUCUCGUGGAUUCGUCGGUAAGGGUAAGAAGACCGAGGCAGAUGAUGUGGCCGUCGACCGUAAGGGUAAGGCUAUCAAGGAUGGUGAGGCGUCGUCGUCCACUGGUGGUCGUACUUUGCGCGAGAUCGUUCUUCAGGAGCCGAUUCGUUACGCACCUGGUGACCCGGUUGAGAAGUGGUUGAACAAGCUUUUGUGUUUGGAUGCUACUUCUGCUGCCCCUUCUUCCAGGUAUGCUGUUCAGGGAUGUCCUCACCCUUCGACUUGUCAGUUGUACUACGUCAACCGUGAUACGCUCUUCUCGUAUCACCCUGUCUCCGAGGCUUUCUUGCAGAAGAUGAUGGCCUUGUAUGUCGCGUCUCACUACAAGAACUCGCCGAACGACUUGCAGCUUCUUUCUGAUGCGCCCGCACAUCAGCUUUUCGUUCUUCUCCCCCCUGUGGAGGAUGGUGACUCCAGGCUCCCUGAGCCCCUCUGUGUCGUCCAGGUCGCGUUGGAAGGUGAGAUCUCGAAGCAGACCGUUCUUAACUCUUUGGCUCGUGGACAGCGUGCCGGUGGUGAUCUUAUUCCGUGGUUGGUGGCUCAGCAGUACCAGGAUGAGGAGUUUGCUGGGUUGAGUGGUGCACGUGUCGUUCGUAUCGCGACCAGCCCGGAAUUCGUCAAGAUGGGAUACGGUACCCGCGCGUUGGAUUUGUUGAAUGACUUUUACGAGGGCAAGUUCACUAGCUUGAGUGAGGAUGAGCCGAUGGCGGAUGAUGACGCCAAGCUUCGUGUAUCUGAGGAUGAGAUCGAGAAGGCUGCUUUGCAGUCUGAGGAGAUCAAGGUCCGCGAUCCUAAGAGCAUGCCGCCAUUGCUUCUUAAGCUCAGCGAGAAGAAGCCGGAUGCGUUGCACUACUUGGGAGUGUCGUAUGGUUUGACGCAGCAAUUGCACAAGUUCUGGAAGAAGGCUGGAUAUGUCCCUGUUUACCUCAGACAAACUGCCAACGACCUUACGGGUGAGCACACUUGCGUUAUGUUGAAGGUUUUGGAGGGACGUGAAGGAUCUUGGCUCGGUGCUUUCUCGAAGGAUUUCCACAAGAGGUUCUCGAGCUUGUUGUCCUACCAGUUCCGCACUUUCUCUGCUAUCCUUGCUUUGAGCAUCAUGGAGGCAGCUGAUGCGGGUGCUAAGUUCUCCGAGGAGGACAUCAAGAACUUCACCAAGGACGACUUGGACAGACUCUUCUCGCCAUAUGACUUGAAGCGUUUGGAGUCGUACGCCAACAACAUGCUUGACUACCACGUCAUUGUGGACAUGCUUCCUACCAUCGCCGAGCUUUAUUUCUCUGGUAAGUUCAGCUCUGAUCUCAAGUUGUCCGGUGUUCAGUCAUCUAUUCUUCUCGCCCUCGGUCUUCAGCGCAAGACUGUCGAGGACCUUCACGGCGAGUUGAACUUGCCUUCCAACCAGGUGUUGGCUAUGUUCAUCAAGAUCAUCCGUAAAGCUGCAAACCACUUCCGUGACUUGAAGUCUAGAUCGAUCGAGCAGACCCUGCCUGGGCAGAGCACGAAGCUCGCACAGGUCGUCGACGAGGAGGAUGAGGAGAUCAACAAGCAGUUCGCUCCCGUUCAGCAGUCGUUGGAGGAUGAUCUCGAGGAGGCCGGUGACGAGGUUUCCGAGGCUUUGAAGGAGAAGCAGAGGGAGCUUAUCAAUUCUCUCGACUUGCAGAAAUACGCCGUUGCUGGUGAGGAUGCUGACUGGGAUGCGGCUGCCAAGACCAUGUCUGCAGCUGCGAAGGGGAAAACUGGUGUUGUUGCCGUACGGAAUGAGAACAGCACUUCGAAGAGGAAGCAGACCGAGACUGCGGAGGAUAUCCUGAGACAAGAGGAGAAGGACGCACGGAAAGCAAAGAAGAAGAAGACUGCUUCGAAGAAGCAUUAA